AUGGAGACUAAAACGAUGAACAGCCCCAUGAGUGAGUACUUACACAUAGAUUACAUUAUCAGCUUGCAUACAUUCUUAUGAUAGAUAUUUAUCGGUUUAGAUCAAUACCGAUAUGACUAGUAUACCGUCAUUUAUCGAUUGAAAAAUAUAAUAGUAUUUAAAGGCUAUUGAAUUCGAAAAAGCGGCGUGUUUUUGGAUAGUUUAAACCGAAUACCAUAACUUAUACCGCUAUUCUUCCUGUAACGUGACUUCUCAUAUAUUUCAUAAUUUUGAUUAUUGAUUAUUGAUUAUUGUAAUCAAAUUUUCUUAUUAUGUUUGAAACCUGGAAAAAAAUAAUUAUAAGUAUACGAUUAAGAAUGACAACGGUAUGAAUAUAUAUUUUGUAAUUUAUUUUUUUUUACAAACUACCUAUAUUAAAGAUUUUCUUGCUUUCGACCAUAAGGCUCGAACAAAUCAAAAGACUCACCACGGCUUUCUUGUAUUUUAUGAAUAUAUUCAAUGCCUGGACAGGAUUUUCAUUAUUUUUUUUAAUUCCAAAUUAUUUUCUUCGCAAUGACAAAAAUUCGAAACAAAUAUAUAUAACGUUGGUACAAGGCUGCCGUAUAAAUUUAGUUGCGGCACUAGCCGAAAACGAUUUUAGCUAAAAAAAAAAAAAAAUGACAAGUGUCGUUGAAUGAGACGUAAUCGUAGAUAGGUAUAUGACAUUUUUUCAGAAUUAUUUAAGCGUUCGCAAGCAUAAUAUAACUUUUUAAUCGACUCUAUUUGGGUUAUUAAUUAUGACUUAACGUUUUUUUUUUUUUAGGCAAAUGCCCGACAUACAAUAAGGCGGUUUUAAUCAAUGUAAAACCCAGUGUUUUAUCAGGGUUCACUGGGAGUUCCAAGAUUGAGACCUUUUGGAGACCAGGACGACAUAAUUUCACGAACUAUUUAACAUAUAAGCUGGCACUAGGUUCAUUAGACCACAUGGACAACAGGUUCGGAUAUGGUGUCACAUAUUCCAGAAAUAAAGACAGUGCUCCUGAAAACGCCGAAGAGUAAGAUUUGACUAAAAUAAUGUUUAUUAUUACUCACCGCCAAAUUCAUAAUGUUGAUUUAAUGAACUGUGUGGAUUUGUCAUAGAAACAAUAUGAUCGAAUUAUGUCUAUUUAUUUAUACUCUAUGCCCCUUAUCUCGUUGCUCGGACUUCUAUGCCCCUUAUCUCGUUGCUCGGACUACUUUUAUUGUUAAAUCAAAUCAAAUUAUGUAAAAAAAUUCAAAUUUUGAAAAAUGUUUAUUUAGAAUACGUAAUGGAAAAAUAUAAUAUAAGUCAUGAUUCAUAAUUCAUGGCUCGUGAAUAAUCUAAAUUGUAUGUGGAUUAUAAGUCGCUAGAUAUAUUAAAUUUAAAAUCUACUAAAAAAAGAUAAAAUAACCUAUACAUUUUUCGACAAGUUAAAUUCAAGUAAAAUCAUAGGGCUACCUACAAAUUCAGCUAUAUUGUGCAAUACUAAAAACAAUAUAAGAAACCCUAUUAAAACCAGCCAAAUAGUUAUAUGAGUCAAAAAUUAAAAACAAAUUUUUUUUCAACGAUUAGUUAGGAUAUUCUUCUUAGCUAAUUCACACACAACAUAAUAAAUUUGUUAUAAAUAAUUGUUUACUGGCAUUCUUUAGUAAUGGUAUUAAUACGGUCUCCAAACCAACAUUUUGUGCCUACUUGGAAACGAACUUGAAUAAUGAUACUUCAUAUAAGUUAUGCCAUAACGUGUUUGGCAACUUGUGGGGACAGAUCAGUGGCAAUGUCCUGGACAAUUGGACGAAGAACAAGAUUUCUGGAUCCAUUGAAUUAGCCAACGACAAUUUAAACGUGCAGGUGUUGGCCAACAAGGCGACAGACACAUCAAAUGAGUUAAAUAUUAACUUUACGAAGCAGAUAUUUAGCUCCUAUUUAAUAGGCGGUCAAUGCAAGUUCAUAGCCAACAAAGAGUCACCANGUUAUAUGAGUUAUUCAGCCACUCUAAACCAGUCUCUUGCCUCAACCUUGCGGGCCGUAGCACGCUACAAUUCCAACUCAACUGCAUUAGAAAUAAAUUCUGAACAUGAGAAAAGAGAAAUAAAGUGCGUGCUAUCGCAACAGGCCGUCGUUACCAAAAAUAUAGAAGUCAAAGGUGAUAAUAUAAAUUAUUAUAAAGAAGCCGCUUCCCUUAGACGCAUUUAGUCUUCUUCUGCUUCUUUGCUUGCAUUAUCCAAUUCGGAUGUAAAUAUAAACAGCUCGUAAAUAUAUGAUUCCGUACUUUUGCACCUUUUUACUGUAUACAUGUUUAUCUAGUGCAUCACAGAACAUUGUAAAAUCAUAUAAACCAAUAAGUUUUAUAAUGCAAAUACGUGCUAAUAACAUUACACAAAUCAAAUGUAUAAUUAAGUAGAAAUAUAACACUUAUACUUAUUAGUAAAUAUAGUUCUUUCGAAAAAAAAGUAUAUGAAUUAAUAUUAUUACCUGUUGGCAAUUAAUUAUUUCGUAAAAUAUAAAUCAGUAAAAUAGCAUUUACGGAGGUGGUUUAAUCAUAUAUAUUAUAUUUAAAUUGAUUUAAUUUUUUGUAUACACAAUUGGUUUUCAACCAUUUACAAAAAAUCGCGAACAUUCAUUUUAAUUUUUUUUAUGGUUACCCUUUCAAGCAUUUUAUCAUAUGAAUAAUAUUUUACAACAUAAGAAAGACAUACAUUUUAACAUACAUUUUUUAGAAUUUUAGCGUUUCCCAAAUUAUACUUGGCGCCUGUCAGUUUGAAAACCACUGGCAUACACUAUAAAGUUAUUAUACACAUAUAUAAUUUACGUUUAAACGUACAUUACCGUACAUCCUCUAACCUCGUAGGUAUGGCCUUGGAUACCUACAUUAUGAUUGAAUCAACAAUAUCGAAAUAUUAUUAUUAACAUUGUGUGUCGUAUAUAUACACAGGCCAAUUGGAUUCAGAUGGGAAAUUUGGCGGGAAUAUUAUCUGGAAGUUCAUGAAAAACUGUUCAAUAACAUUUAGUGCUAUGUUCAACAACUAUAUGGAUUCUCCGAAAGUGGGAUUGGAAAUAGCAUGCAAAUAA